GAAAAAAGAUAAUUGACCAAAACCUCAUAUUGGAGAAGUCAUUAGGUGGUGUAAGCAGAGAAGAUUAAGCGCCCAAACUAGUAAUUUCCAAAGCCGAUUUCGUUAUCUUCUUCUCGGAGCAACACCCUGAACCAGAAACAAGCCGAACUUGAGUUCUCCUUCUCGACGGUGCUCUUUGUUUCCUCAUCAAUGGCGUUUCAACUUUUCUCCUUUACCCAUCUCGCGCUCUUCCCUAAAGGCGAGUCCUUUCGUCGUUUGCUCUUGCCAACGCAAAAACCCAGUUCCUUUCACUCUACUUCUUUACCCACCACGAGCAAGGCUCUCCACUUCUCGCCCAAUUCUCGAAUCCUCCAAGCAGUUGCCGGUGAUUGUUCGGGAACCAAAGAGAACGAAACCGAUCAAGAGAUUGCUUUGACUCUUCGAGAAAUCUGCCAAGAUUACGUGCCUGAGCACAUUUUGCGCAGAAUGGAAGAAAUUGGGUAUGUCGUUCCGACAGAUGUGCAGCGAGAAGCUCUGCCUACUUUGUUUUCAGGGCGUGACUGUAUUCUCCAUGCCCAGACAGGUUCAGGCAAGACAUUGACUUACCUGUUGCUGAUAUUCUCUCUUUUAAACCCUCAAAGAGCUGCUGUGCAAGCUGUGAUUGUUGUCCCCACGAGGGAGCUUGGUAUGCAAGUUACAAAAGUUGCUCGGAUGUUGGCUGCAAAAUCAUUGGAUAUGGAGGAAAAGGCAUUUACAGUCAUGGCUCUUUUAGAUGGAGGAAUGCUAAGAAGGCAUAAAAGCUGGUUAAAGGCGGAGCCACCAGCUAUAGUAGUUGCAACGAUAUCAAGUUUGUGCCACAUGCUAGAAAAACACGUAAUUAAGCUUGAUUCCAUGAGAGUACUUGUUGUAGAUGAGGUUGAUUUCUUGUUCUACUCUUCGAAACAAGUCAGUUCUGUGAGGAGGCUUUUGACAUCUUUUUCGUCAUGUGAUAAACGUCAGACGGUUUUCGCCAGUGCUUCCAUUCCCCAACAUAACCGUUUUGUACAUGACUGUGUACAGCAAAAGUGGACAAAGGGCAACCUGGUGCAUGUCCAUGUCAGCGCAAUUAUGCCCAUGCCGGGAUGCCUUCUUCAUAAAUUUGUCAUUUGUGGAAAGAAUGAUAGGCUUCAAGUGCUGCUUACCUUGUUAGAGUCUCAUGCCCCUGAGUCAGCCAUUGUUUUUGUUGGGGAGCAGUCCGAGAAGUCGAAGAAGGCUGGAAAUGCUCCUUCUACAACUAUGUUAAUUGAAUUCCUCAAAACUUCGUACAAGGGCUUGCUGGAUGUCCUCCUAUUGGAGGAGGACAUGAAUUUCAAUUCACGAACAGCUUCACUUACAGAGAUCCGCCAAGGAGGGGGUUUUCUUCUUGUUUCUACUGAUAUCGCAGCCAGAGGCAUUGAUCUACCAGAAACAACUCAUAUCUAUAACUUUGAUCUCCCAAAAACGGCUGCAGAUUAUCUGCACCGAGCUGGAAGAACAGGUAGAAAACCAUUUUCUGAUAGGAAAUGCAUUGUUACCAAUCUGAUCAUGCUGGAGGAACGGUUUGCCUUGCAAAGAUUUGAAAAUGAACUGAUGUUUAGCUGUGAAGAACUGAUGCUGUAGAUGAGUCGAAGCACCUUCAACUUAAUGCGAUUAGUUGACAGAACUUGGAAAUAUCCGUGGGAAGGUUUACAUCAUUAUCUAACAAAAUGGCAGUAUGGCACUGAAAGCAGGAUCAUUUGCUUAUAGAAUCAUGGGCUUUUCUUUAUUCAGUAACCAUACUUGUCCAUCUUUUCGUUUUCUGUAUUCUCAUGGUAGGAAAACAACCUAGAAUUCAAUAUAUCAUA